AUGAAACGAAAAUUACACGAGUAUUUUGAAAGAGAUGAUGUUUCGCGAAUUACUGCUGAUAAAAAUGCAACCAUCACUAGAAACGGGACAAAGAAACAGAUCAGAUUUUUAGCUGACGACCUGAAAACAUUGCACGCUAAGUAUCUAUCGGAGAAUAAUUCAAUGUCAUACAGUUUGUUUUGCAAGCUUAGACCAUUCUGGGUAAUCAAACCCGAGAAAAGGAUAGAAAAACGUGUAUGUAAAGCUGCACAUGGCAAGGGACCUGCAGAUGGUAUUGGGGCAGCAGUGAAGCGAGCUGCUGACCAAGCUAUAAUUGUUAAAGAAUUAGACAUUACAUGUGCAAAAGAUUUCAUAAAUUUAAUACAGGACACAACGUCAGUUAAAUUAUUCCUUAUACCUCAAGAGAAGAUCUGUGAGAUAGAUGAAGAUGUUCCAGAAAACCUAUCCCCUUUGCAAGGCACUAUGAAAAUUCACCAGCUUGUAUUGGAGGAACCACAUUCAUUCACAUCUAGAGUGCUGUCGUGUUUCUGUGAACACCCGACCAAAUUACAGUGCAAUUGCUUCAAACCUGAUGUUCACACUGUACCUCAGCUUAAGGUGACAAUGUCGGAACUCAUAGAGAAAAAUGUUGAUGUUGUGCAGCUGAACAAAGUAUCUGUUGUUGAGGAAAAUCUAAUUGGUCGAUAUGUUGUUGUACAAUACGAUGGACUCCCUUUCCCAGGAGUUAUUCUUGAUGUUGAUGAGGACGAAAUAGAAGUUAAGGCAAUGCACAGAGUAGGUAAUAACAGAUAUUUUUGGCCUAUGAUCGAUGAUGUCUUAUGGUAUAACAAAGAACAAGUUCUCACACUUCUGACGGACAAACCGGAACAUGUUACAUCAAGACAUUGCCAAAUCCCACCAACAAUGUGGAAGUUAGUGGCGAAAGAGCUUAAUCUGUGAAAAAAAAUCUAAUUAUCAAAUGAACAUUCCUCUGGGUUGAUUACGUGUGCAUUUAAAAUGUAUAAUCAACUGGACAUUAAAUGUGCUAUAUUGCUUCAGUUUCGUUUAAAUUGUUGAUUUCACUACCGUUACGUGCUAUGUAAAUACCGUUACGUUUAAUCAUUACCGUCACGUAUGAUAUAUUCCCUUACAAAUUAAAUUUCAGAUGGACUUAUUACAUAGUUUAAAGUGUUUAUGUUGCAAAUGAUUGGAUCAAUAUGUUUUAAUUUGAUUUAUUUUCGAAAGAGACUACUUGGUGUGUUGACAGAAAAAAUCUUCCACUACCUUUUUUUGCUGAAUUUAUAAUUUUGAUAAGUUCAUCAUGCCCCAUAGACUGCAGAAUAAUAUUAGAUAU